GGAAAACAUAGCGAAUUUCGGAAUCAUGUUUCGAAAUAUGCUGCGCUGAAAAUUUGACACGAAUUCUUUUUGUUUGCUAGUAGAGUUGUGGAAUCUUCCUGUUUCAGUUGGAGUUUUUGAUGUAUCAGUGAACAGUAAGAUGAAGUACUUAAUGAGAGAAUCGUUCUGUGAGAUGAAGAUAAAUCAUUUCCAUCUCAUAGUCGUCGCAUCAAGCACAAACGCCUACAUCAACUCAAACCACGGAAAUAUUUACCAUGGCUUCAUCAACCCCCAAAGUCGGAUUGAAAUACGCUUUCAAUAGUUUUCCAGACGCCUUUCAAAGAAUUGUCGUAAAUAACAACAGAGGAGGCAACUUGGAGAUCGAUUUUCAUCGAACGAUUCGGGUCCCGGAUGACGGCAGUAGUUACCAGCUUCCUCCAGACCUUGGAAAUUUUCCUAUCUUUUCAGUAGAUGAUUAUGCAGAGAAACUGCCUGUUGAAGUUGUUAGAAAGGGAGGUGUAUUUGUUCCCAUUCGGCAGCGCGAGGCUCUAUGGAUCAGGUUCUGUACAUCCGGAUCUGCGCGAUUCGCAGUCAAAGUCUUUGUUGGAGGUAUUAAUGCUGUGUCUGGAGAAAGUAAACAUCUUGAAACAGAACCUAUGCAGCAGAAAGCUAAAUCAGGCAAAAACCAAGAUUAUCUUGUGGUGCCAGGACAGAGAUGGCUUGACGGCAUUGUCAGAUCUAAUGGGACAGUCAUGCAGUUUGUCGCAGUGCCUACUGGCUCAGGAUAUUCGGUUGAAGCGCAGAUGACGGGAGUCGACAAGAUUGCUGGCCUUCAGUUUGAAAUCAUUCCAUUCCUCGUAUUACCUCAUUUUGACGGUUAUAUUUACGUCAAAUAUCUGACUGGAAAGAUUCUCACAGUGCAUGUGAACUCCGAAAUGACUAUUGGAGCACUCAAGAAUCAUAUCAUGAACAAAGAAGGCAUAGCGACAGAUCACCAGCGUUUUAUAUUCGGGGGAAAGGUGCUUAGGGAUCACGAUACCCUAGGAGAUAUUGAUGGAAUAACUCUACAUUUAGUUCUCACACUCCGUGGAGGUCGUGACGAUUCAAAAGUGUCUUCUUGGAAGAGAAAGCAGAUGGCUAAGGAAAAUAAAAGACUUGCCGCAGAGAAGGAGAAGGAAGAAUACGACGAGAAAUAUGAACUAACAUUAGCACCCGGUGGUUCUAUUCAUCAAGCGAUUCGAAAAUACAUUUUCGACAAAGACCGAUAUGACGAAAAGAAUGCAGUCAUGUUCAACGUACAAUUCCUUGCCCCCAAAACAUUCCAAUUGGUCACUGGCACACCACCUCCUCCGACUCCAGUUUCCGCAGAUACUUACGCUGAGCACGGCUACCCAUUCUUCGAGAUGUACAACGAGCCAAAAGCCAUCACGGGUACUUUUGGAGAGCUUCUGAAAAGUGCGGGGGAUAUCGACAAGGAAAAGAAUGUGAACUUGGAAGUCCACCAACGGGAGAAGAGCUUGCAUUUCCGAAGUGUAAAGUUGAAUGAGGUGGAUGAGAUCAGCCACUUCUAUACUAGAGUGGCUCUUGAAAAGAAGGAUACGCAGAAAUGAUAUGGUAAUUGGAGUCGGAAUGUGUAGAUGGUGACUUGGAUAAGUUGACUGACUUGUGAUUUCCACGAUUUGAGAGCAUAGCAUAAUUGAAACAAAAAGAGUUCAUGUACCCUCA